ACACCAAACUAAUUCUGGACGUGGGAGGGGAGGGGAGGGGAGGGGGUCGGUCGCCUUUUCUGUCUCGCCCUCUCGCUCUCGCGCGCGCGUACGUCUUGUCUUCCCCGCCUGAACGAACCCCCGUUCCCAGCCGCUCCCUCCCUCGGCCUAUUUGCAGAUCCCCUGUGAACACACCCUCCGGUUUCGACGGUUUGAGCCGCUGCUAUUAACGGCAAGGGCCGCCCCGCCCCGGCGCCACCCGCUUCUCUCCGAGCCCCCGCCGCCCGCCGGGGUGGGCUUGCCGUGUGGACGACGGCCGGCAUCCAACGCGGCGGAAAUCUCAAUCUUCUGUUGGAUCCGUCCCGUCAUCAGGAGGGGGGAACAGGCUUCUCGGUCCUCCUGCACAGAGCCCAGGAGUCCGGACAUCCUUACGGAUUUUGCUCGAACCAAUGGGAUGCUGUGGCAGUAAUCCUGUAGAUGACGAGGAACACCUAGACUACAGCUCUGGGAAUGUGACUCUUGUAACUGAUCUAAAGAGCUGGGAAAAGAAAUUGGAAGAUGCAACUGAAGCCGAUAAAACACUUGUUGUGAAAUUCAGCGCAGUAUGGUGUGGCCCGUGUAGGGUCGCUGCUCCUGCAUACGCCGAACUUUCUUUGAAGCAUGCCGAUCUUGUUUUCGUGUCUGUGGACGUAGACGAACUGCCGGAACUGGUCACGCAAUUCGACAUACGAGCCACACCGACAUUCAUUUUCUUGAGAGAUAAGAAGGAGAUCGACAAGCUGGUGGGGGGAAACCAGGCCGAUCUGCAGCAGAAGUUCGAACCAUAUUGCCGGCCAGGCGAUGAAGUCAUGUGUAAACAGUCUUUCGAGGACAAAACCUGAUGUUCCUGCCUGCCAGUCAAUAGAGCUUCAGGAUGAGCACGGCCUCCAUUGGGUGGGAACAUCAGCGGCAUACGUAGGUUCGAGAAACUGACCAGCAGAAGUAGGAUUUCUUGGUAGUGUCCACAUUCGAUCAGCAGUAAAUUAAGUUUAGCCCAGCACCUGUAACUCUGCACCACACGCACUGUCCAUAUGAAUGAACUCGCAGAAAACAAUGUACUGAUUGAUUGACACCAGCCAGAUGCCUUGAGAUCUCAUGAA